AUGCCCGCAACAGUGGAGAACGUCUCAGCGGAUAGCGAUAAACACAGCUGUGAUACGACGGCUGUUGUUUUCCACAAUGAUCACGUCUUCAGUGCGGGAGGCGAUGGAAAAGUAAAGGUAUGGGCUACCGACUUACGAUUGGUUAGGGAGCUUGCUCCUCACGAAGGUUAUAUUUAUGCCAUGGUAGUCGACUCGAAAGGACAGCUUUAUACGAGUAGUUGUGAUGGAACGAUCAAAUGCCUAACGAACCCGCUCACCAGCGAUGAGUGCAAGGAACUCCUAAAAUGCAACGAUGAGAUUGAAUGUUUGUUCGUAGAUCCCAAGGAUAAUCUAUACAGUGGCGAUGAUAAGGGAAUUAUAACGAUGUGGAUCGAUCAACGUAUCAAGUAUAAGUUUAACGUUGUCGAGCAAGUACGCUCGAUGGCCAUACAAAACAACAUAAUUUACUCUAUUCGGGAUAACGAUCUCACUGUGACGGAAAUCAUCGAAGGUUCCGCUUCGGGUCGCUUUAUGACGAAAGCGUCUAUCCCGGGACGGUGUCCAGUACGACUUUGUGGAGUGUGUACCGAAGAUGGCGUUUACAACAAUGUUGCUAUCCUAACGCGAGAUGGACUGGGUGUUACUAUGAUAAGAAAUAGCAAAAAGGAGCAAUACCCCGUCAUAUGGACCAAAGAGAGCGCGCAUAGCAUGAUUAUUAACACCAUGGUUGCGAAGGAUGACUAUCUGUACACAGCAGGCUACGAUGGAACAAUCAAACAGUGGUCAAACCUGGAUGCAAAAGAACCAAAGCUGACCGGUGAAGUUGUACUUGGUACUAGUGGUGUCUGUAUUAAUUCCGUUGCAAUUGGCGCCGAUAAAACAUGUGUGUAUGCUGGUUGCAGUGAUGGUACACUUCAGAUGGUAAAAUUCGUCUAG